CACGAUGGAGAAGUUCUGGCUGGGUCUCUUGUGUCUCUCAGGCUGGAACAUCUCCUCAUGCCUUCCCUCUCAGUACCACUAUGUAGCUGAGCCUAUGACUUGGACUGAAGCUCAGACCUACUGCAGAGAGACGUACACAGACCUUGCCACUGUUGAAAACAUUGAAGAAAUGAAACAACUUCUCUCCACAGUUCCAUCUCUGCUUGAUGAACAUUUUGUCUGGAUCGGCCUGUACAGUAAAAUCGAGUGGAAAUGGUCAGACGGCUACACAGAGAGUGGGGCUGAUUAUAGGAACUGGCAGUCUGUAGAACCCGACUUUUUCGGAGGUCAAUUCUGUGUUCUAAUGAAUGUGUUCAAUAGUGGAACAUUGUUCGAUUACUUCUGCUCUGUCAGAUGUAAUUUUAUCUGUUACACAGGGACACAACAGGAUCCUGAGUUUGUCUUUGUCAAUGAACGCAUGUCUUGGUCCAAUGCUCAGAAGCACUGCAGGGAGAACUUCAUAGACCUGGCCACUGUGAGGAACAUCAAUGACACAGAGAAGUUCCUGAGCUGGGUGCCAGAAGGAAUAUGGCCAUGGAUUGGUUUGUACAGAGAUCCUGACUUUAACUGGUCUAAUGGGAGUCCCUCCACAUACACAUACUGGAAACGCAGUCCAACUCCAUUAGGCUCCAUGAGCGCGGCUUGUGGAGCUGCAGAGAUGCCAACAUCAGGAAAAUGGAUUUUGUCUGACUGCGAAACUAAACUCCCGUUCGUUUGCUACAUCCCUACAUCAAAACAGCAGGUGAUGAAGCUCAGGAUGAAGCCAGAGGACUCCACUGUGGAUCUGAAUGACCCUGCUGUGAAAGCCGACAUAAUGAAAAAGCUCCAGGACAGGCUGAAGGAGAAAGGACUGAGUGGAGUCACCCUGAAGUGGAAAGAGCAGCCUGAUGGGAAAGUUUUCCACAAGGAAGAAAAACGAUGAAAACUUUAAGCUCUGCACAUGAAAUGUACCCGUGUUUAGCUGCACAGUAAUGUGUGUUAUCAAUGUUGGAUGAUGAUUCUAUCUGAGACAUGCAUUACAAUCAGUGACUAAGGCAUUCAGUGAGAUAAAUAAUUGUUUUAAAAGUGUAUCGUAAGUUUGUGACCCCUUAAGUGACCCCCGAAAUGUUUUUGUUCCUGUUGCUGGGAAAUUAGCCCUUAUCAAUAUCAGCAUUAGUGUGUCAUUAAUUUGUAUUGCCAUGAAUAGAUAUACCUGCUUAUAGUAACAAAUGGGGGAAAGGGGAUACAGGAUUGAUUAUAACAUCAAUCCGUUAUAAUCUGUGUUCUUAAAAAACUGUGUAAUGUUGU